CCAAAUGGUUGUCUUUAAUAGGGGAUUCCCCCUCAUCUUAAAAUUUUUUUUAAACUAUAAAUAGUGACACGUUUGUAUUCGUGAUUAGAUUGGAUUCGUCACCAACAUGGCGGCAAGGAAGUGAAUGUUUUCGGAAAAAGAUGCUGUGGACGUUUUAAAAAAUUAAAGCAGAAAAUACCUCAUUAAAGCAACCGGUAAAGAAAUUUUAAGUGUUCAAGGUCUUACAGCAUGUACAACAAAGAGAGUCAAUAAAGGGAAUGAAAGAUUUGCAGAGCAAGGAUUUCAUCUUCCAGUACAGUGUACUGAUGAUAUGGCAGUUUUAGAUCGGGACAAAUCACUACAUGCUCAAAAGCAUUCUUUUCUAAAAAGUGUCAAAGAAAUUAAGGCUGGUGUUCACUGUGAUUGCUGCAAGCUUUACAUCUUGAGAGAUUUUGAAAGUACAAAGGACAUUUUGAGAAAGAAGAUAAACAAUCUUGAUGAACACUUAAAUCUUUCCAAAUACUUGAAGAAUAAAUUGAAACAGGGAAUAUAUUAUCAAGAUUUGCAAGUGUGCAUGAUGCAGCAGGGAACAUCAUUAGGUGAAAAAAUUAGAUGGCCAGAGAAAUUCCAGUAUGAACUGCAUCGUCUUUCCACAUACAUAAAUUUUCCAUCAACAUAUACUGGUUUUCUGAGUAAAUUUUCGCGAGAUGGGUUUAUUUAUCAUCCUGAAACAAAUUCUAUCAUUUGCUUCAUUUGUGAUCUGAGGAUACAUGUCAGUGAACUGAAUGGAGUCAAAAUCAGCGAAGAACACAAGAAAAAGUCCCCAUCCUGCCCUAUGGUGACAGGUGUUUUGUGUCAUAAUAAACCAGUUCCUGCACCCACUUUGUCCCAUCAUUCUAACAUGGGAUCCAGUGAUACUAGUUUAGUCUCAGAACAGCAUGGCUUAGAUACAGGUUCUGUAACUUCAACUAUCAUGGCACAGGGAACUGCCCGUUUUAUUACCCAGCCUGAAAAUGCGAUGAAAACAACAAAUGAUGCCCAGUCCACUGAGUCAGAAAAGACUACUGCAGCAGGAGAAUCAACUGGAAAAACAGAUCCUUCUAAAAAGAAGCCACUGACAUAUGCAGACCUAGGUAUUUUUGCAGAAAAGCCAAAACGUCCAGACAUGGCUGUGCUAUGGAAACGUGUAGCUUCUUUUAAAGAUAAAUGGGAUAAAAAUUAUACCCAAACACCAAAGAUGCUGGCAGAUGCUGGAAUGUACUAUGCAGGUUAUGCAGACUGUGCGCGUUGCUUUUUUUGUGGCGGGGGCUUGAAAAAUUGGGAGCCUCAGGACAAUCCAUGGAUUGAACAUGCUCGUUGGUUUCCAAAGUGUAGCUACAUGCGCCUCGUCAGGGGACCAGACUUUGUUGAAAUAGUGCAAGAUAAAAACAAAAACAGACAAGAGCUAAGUCUGGAAGAAGUUGAAGAAGAACAAAAGAAAAGAGCACCAUACUGGGAACCACAUCUUAAUGAAGUCGUGUCUGGUGUGGACAUCAGCCCCCAUGCCAUUGGUGAAAGCAUCCCUUUAGACAGUAAUACUGACAUAGAAAAGCUAGAGUCAGAGAAUGAAGAACUUAAAUCACAAAUCCAGUGCAAGAUAUGCAUGGAUGCAGAGAGCUCUGUUGUCUUCCUGCCCUGUGGCCACCUUGUGUCCUGUACUCAGUGUGCACAUGCCAUGAAACAGUGUCCCUUGUGUCGCACUGACAUUAAGGGUUCAGUGCGAGCACACCUGGGAUAAGUGAUUCGAGACUAUAAGAACUUAGUAGAAACUGUAACUUUUGAAGUACACCAUUAUUCCUUCUUUUAUUUGAUAUAAUUUUGUGCCUUUUUUUAAAAAGAAUGAUUAAUAGCCUACCACUUUGAUGGCAGUUCCUAAAGAAACACACUUGUAUUUAUACAAAUAAAUUUUUUUCCAUUUAAGUUUAAACUGUAUCCAUAAUUCCUUCCUUGUACAGUUCAUAUAGCAGCCCCAUGAUCUUCGCAAAGUAUCAAGGAAUAAACUAAAAACUAAACUGUUCAUAUAACCUCUGAAAAGUUUUAGGAGUGCGGUGGUAUGAAGUAAAAUAUUUUAACAUGUCAAACAGUUAUGAAUAACCAAACAUUUUUAAAGGGUUUUUCCAUGUACAAAGAAAACUUUGUUACAUUCAAACUUUGAAAAAGUUAAAAAUGUGAUGUGUAGGCAAUAUAUGGGCUUAUGGUAAUAGGUUCAAACUUUAAAGUUUUGGAACUUCCCAGAGUUAAAUUGAUGAAUAGAAGAUACAUGGAGCUGGUGAGAUAAGAAAUUAAGAGGAAGGGGAAGUUAAAGAGAUCUAAACAUUACAAAACUUAUUAUUUAUGGUAAUUUUGACUCAAAAUUUUAAAUUGUAAACCAUUAUCACAAAUUAGGGACAGUUUUGUUUUCCUUCAGGAAAGAACACAAAAUAUGAUGGCUCCAAAACUAAUGUAUUGCUAUAAUAAACAUUUCAUUUGAAAUCAAAAACUUUUGAGCUGAAACAAUUCAUGUCAUCAGUAUCUAUAAGCCUAACUUGCCUUCACUUGUCUGUUCCUUUAAAGUACUAUGAUUUUCCUUCCCCUCUAUACAUUCUUAAAAUGUUUUUAUUGAUUUGAUGAUAUGAAGCUUUAUUUUUAGUGCCAUCUCAAAAAGAACAAAAAUAAGGUAAAAUAAUAAAAGUGCUAAAAUGGAAAUUAAAAAAUAUGUAUUAUGUUCAAAUCAUUAUUUUUUUAAGAAUACACUUUCCUGCCUAAAAAUAAAUUAUCUCUGUAUCAGUGAUGAUUUGCCUUAAUAGAUUUAGUUGGAAAUGCUUGUGACAUGGUGACCAUUUCAUUUAGUGCUUGGGAAUAAUUGCAUGCCCCCAUUUUUAAAGCAAUCAACAUCUUUGCUCAGCAAGAAGCAUGCAAGUCUAAGAUUUCACCUGCCAUUCAUUCUACUAAAAGGACUCUUAGGUCUACUGCUACAAUCAUAAUGAUUACUUGGCUGUGUUUUAAGCUUGAACACUGAAGGAUCAAAGAAGUGUGGGUUUACCCUACCCACAUUGCCUUUAAUUUACUGUACUUCUACAUAGAAUCAAGAGCACAUUUAAUUUAACUGUUGAAGAUGACAAGGUAAAUGCUUUAUCAGCUGAUCCCCGUUUGAUGCUUGAAAACACUUAGCAUUAUUUUCAUUCAAAUUAAAGUUAAACAGAGAGAAAAAUUUACAUACCUACAGGAAUACUAAUAACUGUAUUUUAUCCUGGUUCGGUAGGGAUGUUUCUGCUGGCAUUUUUACUUGCUUACUGACGUCUGAGUAUACAGUUAUUACUAUCACAGUACAAUAUUAUUUUUGUGUUUAUCAAACUGUGCUGCAUGAGGCAUCUGUUUACAGAGCUGGCUGCCUUGCCAUGAUUUAGCCUUAGUUGCUGGCUUGGCAUAAAACAUCAGUUACCUCCUCCUUUCUCCGUUGUGAAACUGUGCCGGGAUGAUAAGUUGUAUUUGAGAUGAUUCAACCUUGCAUAACUAAAUUAUUCUGCUAAAGAUUAUAAAUAAAUUCCCCGCUAUAUGGUAAAUAUAUCAGAUUUUAUUCAGUAUCCACAUGGGAUUGUGUUGCGGUGUCAAAACAGAAAUUGUACACCCAUUACCAAAUGCUGACUAGAAAAGUACAGUAUGUGUAUCAAACUUUUUUUUCAACUUCUGUUUAUGGUGUUUCUUCCAAACAUCUGGCAUCAUGUCAAACAUCAUGUUAAAAGUGUCAGUGUAGCUCACUUUGUAGGGAAAUAAAUACAACCAACCCUAUAAUCAGUCUUAGUAGAGUUUAAAAUCAUUUUACAAUGCAAAAGAAAAAUUAAUUUUAUUAUAAUGAAAAACUUCCUUGGAAGUGAGUAUUUCAUAUCUCAGUUUUGUUACUUUGAUUAUUCUGUUUACAUAAAUAUCAUUAGUUUCCUCAAAUAAAGAAUAUUCAAAG